AUGUUCAAAUCCAUUGCUCUUUUCGGCCUGCUCCUUGCUGGGGCAAGUGCCGUCCCCACCCCGACUGAAGACCUCGUUCCUCGGGCCUGUUCCACCUUGGGACCCUCGACUAUUGACGUCUUGCGGGUAUCGACCCCCGACAACGCGUCCCCCGGCCUGCAGUUUACCCUCAGCCGCGCUGGAUCUCCGGUCUACAACACACAGGUCGCCGCCCUGACGUUCGAGUACAUCCCCACGGGAGCUACGGGAUGCAUGCUCGAGAUCGACAUCCCGCCGCUCGCUCAGGUCAACCAGAUCGCCCAGGGCGCAACCCAGGUGGAUAUCUGGACGACUGACCCGUGGAACUGGAACAACCUUCCCACCUGGAACCACCCACCAACCAAGCGCUCGAUGGUGGGCACGUACAUCUUCCCGACGCAGCAGACGACGACAACCUCCAAGACCAUUGUGAUGUCCAACACUUGUGAUAACAUUAUGAGUUUCCAGGUGGAGUUGAGCGGAUGGCAGAACCAGGAAGGCAGUGUGAACUUCUUCAACACUUUGGGCGGGAAGGUGGGACUGGUGCCGAUUGGGUUCCGGAUGAUUUACAACUGUUGA